GGGAAGCGGAGAGAGGGGCCGCCUCCUCCUUCCCCUCGCUCCGCUCCCUUCACCGGGCGGCAGCCCCACAGCUAAAGGGGGGUUUACCGGCCCCCGCCGCCCGGUGAGGGCUGGGGAGAGGGGAAGGAAAAGAGGUCGGUGUUUAACCGCCGCCGGGCGGAACCCGAACAGCGCGGUGUGUGUUUCCCCCGGCGCGCCCGGAAGCGGUGGGAGCUGCAGGUGACAGCGGGAAGGUGGAGAUAAACCAUGGCAACUAAAGCAAAGUAAGAUAGCUCUGGAUACUAGUUUUGUUGUUAAAUUAAUUUCAAGCCCCUUAAUUGCCUCACUAGAGGUGAAUUCUUCAAGUUUACCAAAAUGGCUCUGACUGUUACGUUGCUGAGGGGCGCUUACGUGCGUGGGAGGUGCUGCAGGCACCAAGUUUUGCACCCCUUACUUGGACCUCUGUUUGGCAAUUCCGUGUCAAAAUUGUACAGCAGCUACAGGAGGCCGGGGUCACAGCCUGAGAAAAAACCAUCUUGGCAAAAUACUGAUUUGAGUUUUAAGAAGAGCAUCGAUGUCUUAAAGACUCAGCUCAGCAUGCUGAAGAAGGAAACCAAAGAUUACUUGACAGGACCCGGAGGCCAACCACUCAAUCAGUACCUGUUGGAACAGACAAAGGUGUUGUGGGAGUUUCGGAGCCAAGAAGAUUUAAAUAAAUGGGUUAUUUCCUCUGACGUAGAGAUUGGAGGGAAAAGCGAAGUUUACCUCACGUUGGGUAGGAAUAACCAGGGUGCUCUGCUCUAUGGAACCCUCAAUACGGAAGUACCUCGUGAUGGGGAGACCAAAUACAGUGGAUAUUGCAGUAUGAGAGCUAAGCCACUGGUGGGAUCUUUUGCUAGGAAGAAGUAUUAUGACUGGUCAAACUUCAACAGUCUGUAUUUACGCGUCCGUGGCGACGGCAGACCUUGGAUGGUGAACAUUUAUACAGACCCUUACUUCUCUCAUCAAAAGGAUGACCUCUACAACUACUUCAUGUUCACCCGAGGAGGCCCGUACUGGGAGGAAAUCAAGAUUCCAUUCUCCAAAUUCUUUCUAUCCAGUCGGGGAAGAGUCCAGGAUGACCAGCAUCCUAUUUGGUUAGACAAGGUUAGUACGCUUGGAUUCACAAUCGGAGAUAAAGUAGAUGGUCCGUUCCAGCUGGAGAUUGAUUUUAUUGGGCUGCUAAACGACAGAGCUCAUACAGAAGAAUUUGCCUAUGAAAAAUAUGAAAGGAACCCUCGAGUCUAAGCCGGGCUGGUGUCCUUCAGGAGAUUCUUCAGAUGCUUGGUUCACUUUUCUAAAAACUUCUCAGCAUGUGGCAUAUAAGAACUUGAAGAUUCCAUGUAAACAUUAAAGAGAUGAGUGCGUAGCAGUAAUCUGACUAAGAGUGAUGCUCUUGGCAUCCUUGAGGUGCCAGAUACAGAAUCCUGGAGAAAGUGUACGUCUGGGGACUGGAACACAGCCCGAGGAGAGCUGUGAUAUGUUCUUACAAAGUAUUAACUGUUGACUGGGUAAGUUCGGGCUUCUCCUGACCUUUACAGAAAUAAAAGCAUUUUAUCAACCUG